GCGGCGGAAGCGGCAGCAGCGGGACCGUCCCCUCCCGGGGCGGCGGCGGCGAGAGAGUUCGCCCGGCCCGGCCCGGCUCCGGGGGGAGAGCCGGUGCCGGCGGAGUUGCCCCUGGCGCCCCCGGGCUGGAGCCAGGCCAUGGAGAGCAGCAUGGAUUUCCAGGCGGCUGCGCCCUCCCCCCCCGGCGUCGGUAACGAGGAGGCCCCGGAGCCGCCGGCCAUGGACACGGAGGAAGAGUCCGUGGUGCGGCCCGGCGCCCCUGCGCGCCGGGGGGGUGCCGGGCAGCCGGGGAGCCCCCGCCUUGUCACCCUGCGCCCCGCGCGGGACCGGCCCGCCCCCGAGGGCCGGGGGAGGGCUCUAGGGCCCGGCUCGGGGCCUGCUUCAGCCUCGGACCUCGGAGGGGGAGCGGGCGGACAAGCUGAGCUUUGCCGAGCCUCGGGCAGAGAGACGGACGAGGAGGCAGGGGCUGCGGGGCCGCGGGGCUCCGAUGGCUGGAAACCCAGUGCCGAGAGCACCCCUCGGGGCGCAGGACACCCCCGAGCCCCCAGCAGCGGCGACCCGACAGUCAUGGAGCUGGAUGAGUCCCCCGAGGAUGCAGAGGACGAACCCUUGGAGAUCCAGGGCUUGCUGGCCCAGCUCGAGACCCUCGACCCCAACCUCUGCGACCGCUCGCCCGCCUCAGAGCAGGGUCCGCUGCCCUCCACGAGCGCUGGCACGGCCCCUCUGGCGGGCACGGCCCCACAGCAGGCCCAGCGGAGCUCUGGGCAGUGUCAGGACAAGUGCCGGCCCUGCCCGCUGCAUGUGGCAACAGGCCGGGGCCUGGAGACACGGCCCUGCUGUGCCCAGCACUCGCCCUGCUCCCGGCCCUGCCACGGCCUGCUCUUUGCUGAGGCUGACCGGGAGGACUUGCUGAGCCUCCUGUGCUACGAGGGGGGGCUGCCUGAGGCCAGCGCCGAGACACCCUUGGCCCGCUCCGAUGUCCUGGCCGGGACCAACCUGGAGAUGCUGCAGGCUCAGGAGGAACCAGCCACUGCAGAGACACCUGAAGGGCUGGGGAGACCGGAGAGCUUGGAGGAAGGAUCUUCCGAUGGCUUGUAUUAUCAAGAGGGGCUCUGCGAGGGCAAUCGGGACGGUUCCCCGGAGCCGGCCUGGGUGACCCUGCCUCCCACUCCAGCCCCAGAGGCAGAGCAGCCACCACAAGGCAGCGUGACUAACAGGGAACCUCCAUCCUCCUGCCCGGCCUUCAAAGAGGUUCCAGGCCCUUGUGACCCAGAGGAUCUGCUGGAUGGUGUGAUUUUUGGGGCAAAGUACCUGGGCUCCACGCAGCUGGUCUCAGAGAGGAACCCCCCAACCAGCGUCCGCAUGGCACAGGCCCAGGAGGCGGUGGACAGGAUCAAGGCACCGGAGGGGGAGUCCCAGCCUAUGACAGAGGUGGAUCUGUUUGUCUCCACACAGAGGAUCAAGGUGCUCACGGCUGACACGCAGGAGGCCAUGAUGGAUCACUCCCUCCAGACCAUCUCCUACAUCGCCGACAUCGGCUCCCUUGUGGUGCUCAUGGCGCGCCGGAAACUGCCUCAGCGGUCGGAGGUGGCAGAGGAGAAGCGGCUCUACAAGAUGAUCUGCCACGUCUUCCACUCAGCUGAUCCCAUCUUUCCCCAGGCCCAGAUCAUCGCUCAGGCCAUCGGGCAGGCGUUCGGCGUGGCCUACCAGCGCUUCCUGGAGGCCAACAGCAUCGACCCGAGCGAGCUGAGCCCUCGCCAGUACAGCCGUGCCCUGGAGGACCAGGAGCAAUACAACGCAGAGCUGACCCAUUUCUCCCGGCAGGAGAACUGCAAGGACGUCUGCAUCCGGAAGCAGAAGGGGGAGAUCUUGGGCAUCGCCAUCGUGGAGUCAGGCUGGGGCUCCAUCCUGCCCACAGUGGUCAUCGCCAACCUGAUGCACGGGGGCCCCGCGGAGAGGUCGGGCGAGCUGAGCAUCGGGGACCGCCUCAUGUCCGUCAACGGGACGAGCCUGGUGGGGCUGCCCCUCGCCACCUGCCAGAGCAUCAUCCGGGAGCUGAAGCACCAGACAGAGGUGAUGCUGAACAUCGUGCACUGUCCCCCUGUCACCACGGCUGUCAUCCGGCGCCCCGACUCCAAGUACCAACUGGGCUUCUGUGUUGAGAACGGCGUGAUCUGCAGCCUGAUGCGUGGGGGCAUCGCAGAGAGAGGUGGCAUCCGCGUGGGGCACCGCAUCAUUGAGAUCAAUGGGCAGAGCGUGGUGGCAACGCCCCACGAGAAGAUCAUCCAGAUCCUCACGCAGGCGGUCAGCGAGGUCCACAUCAAGACCAUGCCGGCCUCCACAUACCGCUUACUGACCGGGCAGGAGCAGCCCAUCUUCCUCUGAGCCGCUGCCCGUGCCCGGCUGUCGCUGCGUGCCUGGGGCCGGGCAGGAGUGAGCCCGCGGCCACAAGGGCAGGACAGGCUCUGCCACCUGCCCCAGCGCCCUCGUCGGAGCCCUCUGGUCCCCAGCAGGGUCUAAUUCUGCACCUCUUCCGUUUUACUCAGGACACAGUGGGAGACUCUGAGGGUCUGAUACCCGGCUUGAGCGGUGUCAGAACCUAUGGUGCCACAGUGCGGGCACCUCCUCCCCCUCCAUUCACCCCUCCCUGCCUCAUAGUGCCUGCAUGGUGCCUGUUCUGCUCCUUCACAGGGUCCCUUGCCUUGGCCUGGUGCUGGCAGGAGGAGAGGGGACCCUGCGUGAAAGGUCACCCCAUCCAAGUCACUGCAGAUAGUGCUUUUACACUCACCGACGGUGCCUUUCCCCAUGUGGGGGUGGUGCUGGAAGCACAGCUCUGGAGGUUGCCCCAGCACGGCCCCGGGGGGGCGCUGACCCUGCGCGCCAGUGUGUGGGUGCAGACUGGCACCCCCGAGGGAGAGCCGGCAGCUCCCAGACUCAGCCUUAGGGGCAGCAGCACCCUUGACACCUGCUCCUCCUCCCUGGCUUUGCCAGGGGCCUGUCGUGGGUACAAACGACCUCCGUUGUUAGACCUGUUGCACCGAGCUGGGAAACUACCUCUGCUUUUCCCUAGUGCUGCCUCUGACCGCUCUGCACGCACAGGCCUGCUGGGGCCCCGGGCUGUCUCAGGGCUGUCCCUCGGCACGGCGAAAGGGAACACGGCACUACGCCCUGGGGAGCUUGGGGUCAUGAGCCCCAGGGACAAGCCACUGGUGCUACUGUCUUUUGAUGAGUGGGUCUCUGGCUCCCUACGGCCGAGGCAGCGCUGACCUGACUUUGCCCGUGUGCUCGGUUGAUGUAAAAAUAAAAAAGUUUUAGGGAA